ACAGAGGAGGGGGAGGUGUCCGAGGAGGAGGAGGAUGAUGAUGACUCCAAGAGUCAAGAUAAGAUUGGGGGAGCAUUUGGUGGGCAGCGGACCACCACGGCAACGGUGGUGGCAGUGGGGGCUGCUGGGGGUUCAGGUGUCUCCUCUGACAUUCAGGAUCUAAGUGCUUCCAGUGGUCAAACAGCAGGGGGAAGAACACAUGAAGGAACAGCCGGAAGCUCAGCAGGUUCUGCAGCAGCUGAGAUCUCUGAUGUUUCCACAGCUUUGAUCCAUUCUGCAGGAGACAAGCAUUCCUCUGCUUUAUCUCACACAGAAACAAAUGGUUCUGCAGGAGCUGGCUCAGAGACCAACAGUAAUGGACAGAAGCUCCUGAAUGGAGGAGGAGGGGGUGGAGUUGGCAGUCAGACAGAUGCUGUGGGAUUCUUUCAGGGUGACGUUUCUCACCUGGGUCUUACAGGAUCCAUAGAGCCAUCUAGCCAUGACUUCCUGCUUGGCAUGAUGGGUGGUGAUGCUUUCGGUCCAGAUGGUCACGUUAACAUCCCAGGUAACAUGACAGCACCCUCUCACCUGGAGCCUUCAGGUGUGACAGCAACUCCACAUGCAGAUCAGAACAGUCUGAACUCACUUGCAGAUCUUGUUCAUCAUUCUGAUACCACCGUUGAUCAGCCAGGACCAGAUCAAACUUUCCUGAGUUCAGGACCUGACCAAUCAUUACCCAGCUCUGUCUCUGGCUCCUCCCACUCUGCAGGGGCAGUGUCUUCAUCCUCAACGCACAUUGAAGCUCUCAGAGACCAGAAAGAUGCAGCUGAUUCAGCUGAUACUGAUGGAAACGGUCGACAGACCCUGUUGACAGACACAAAUGGAGCAGAGACAGAAAAACUGGUUUCCUUCAGCGAUCUUUAUACUGAUCUCACAGGUGGUGCAGAGUCAGUAACCAGGAUUAACGUCAAUCUCACAGCUUCAGGUCUUGGAUUCGGGCAUGAUGUCACAGAGUCUCCAUCCAUUAUGAUCCAAACUGCGUCUGUCGAUGUCACACAGACACAUAACCCAGUUUCAGGCAUUCACCCUCACACAGAUCUGGUUACCAUGACAGCAGACUUCUCUGGGACAGAUACAGUUGCAACAGAUCAUACAGGAAGGCUUCUCGACUCUAGUCCUCCAGCUGUGACAGAUCACACACAGAUGGCUGGUUCAGUUACUGAACAGUACAACCCAUCUGGUCAGGGUCCUGAAGGUACAGAAAAUGUGGAACUGGAGGAUACCUGCUGACUUCCACAUCAAACCGCGAGUUCGCUUCCUGCGUUACCGUUUCCAGUGUACCGACCAAUCAGCACGGCCAAUGAAAUUUGACCCCUCCCACUAGCUGUAGGCCCCUCCAGUGAAUGGCAGCAGGUGUUUUUUUGUUUGUUUGUUUUUUUAAUAUUUAAAAAUGUCGGUUUAUAGACAUUUAUUUUGUCUUAGAGAAUCAUGGAGGGAAAGUAAAGAAAAUUAGUCUCAACAGUGUGCUGAUUCAGAUUUGAUCUGAUGACAAAAAGGAAGUGACAUGUUCAUUGUAAAACAUGGUUUA